UCUUUCUGCUCAUUCUCCCAAAAAAUCCAGCUAAUGGCAGAGCAGAAAGAUGAAGCAGAAGUCAAUCAAUCCACUGAACAAUCUCAAUCUUUUGUGGAAGUGAUUUCCAGAAGCACCGGCAAGACUUGGCGAUUUGCUGCUGGAACAGAGGCAAAAUUUGCACUGAAAUUUAUCAAUAGUAGUAGCGUUGAUUCUAUCUUGGCAAACCAACCUGCAACUUACGUUGAAGCUGUUAAAGAUGGGGAAGUGCCUGUGAUUUUUGGCCCCAAUUCAAUUCUUGUGAAUUAUGGCAAAGGAUGGAAAUUGCAGCCAGUCACUGAGACAACAAAAGGUUUUUCAAGAGGGAUGCCUGAUGACUACGCAGCAGCAAGACCAGAAUAUAUUCCUCCGGUUUCGGACAACUCACAUUCUGCAAAGAGAAGUUCACAAGCUCCUCUAAGCCCUGUCUACAUCGGAAAGAUAUUGCUUGUAUUUGUUCUAAUGUUCUUGAUUGGUGCCGUCUUCACCUUGUUGCUGGAUAACCUUCCACAGCUUUUAUCUAGAUAUGGGCUCGACGUUGAAUAGCGUCUUUGAGAUACAUAUAAGCCUGUAAUUAAGAGCAUUUGCUUGUGUAAAAAAUCUGAAAUAUUUGCCUGUGGUUCAUGUUAUAUUGUAAAGCUCUUCU